AUGUCUGAAACAAUACUAGCACGUCAAAAACAUAUUGAGGACCUAAGACUGGAUUUAUGGCGCAGUAUUUACUACAGACGUUACUGCAGCCCAUCGACGCUCCUGGUGUUGUAUACUAUUUUUCAUUGUUCUCAUUGUUUAGUCUCUCCUCAUUCACGCUAUUUUGCUUGUUCUCUUAGUACACAAAUAGAAAAAUUCCUUCGAAAGUUUAUGAAACGGUUAGUAAAGAAACCGGGUGCACUCUUCUCUCGUGUUUUGCCGACUUCAAGUGAUCAAGGUGAUUCUCUCAGCCUGUGUGUUACAGAUUGUCAAACCCCUUACAUACCAUAUGUAAUAAAAGGAUCCGAUUCAUCUUGGCAUAUACGUCAGUUCCCCACACACAGACUGUCUGUUUGUUCACUAAAAAAUAACAAUGAUUGUGUUAUAUUAGAUGAGAAUAAAGAAGAACCUAGUCGUAAGUUAUUAAAACGAGCUCAUUCAGUUCGAGAAACCAGUCCUCAAUUAAUCAUCUCUAGCGAUGAAGAAAUCAGUCGACCAUCAAAAACGCGGAGAAUUGAAUCAAGAUGA